CCUGUGAAAUUCACUGUCCACUGUGAACACCCUUACGUCAUCCUGUGUCUUAGUGCUGUUAUAUCUCUGUCCGGGGCCGAAUAGCCGACGGGAUUCUCGUAAAUUGUCGGUGAUGCGCGUAGAAAGAGGAUUUGGUGAUCGCUGGAAAAGCCGCACUCCAUAUUCAUAAGAGCUUUUUGGCGUCCAGAUGCUAUCGCGUCCUUGCCUCGCAUUGCCCGUUCUGCUCACGUACAGCCACAAACACUUCUGCAGAAAGGGGAUGUAAUUAUGUAUGCGAGGGAAGCCUAUUGUGCAUCAAGGCUUCCCGGCUGGCCUCCAGGGCUAACGCUUACACACACUUAAUCAGGACCGAAUCUCUUGGGUGAAUCCCCACCUAAAACAGGGCCGAUGGGAGAUUAGAAGGAGGACAUCGGUGUUGCUUCGGUAGAUGGUAGAGAGGACGCCCUACUGGGAAAAUGUCGGACUACGAGUUGAAGGAGCGUUCCCCUUCGGGGCAUGGCGACUCCGUGAACGGGGCCGCCAAGACCCCGACAUCCCCAACGAAAGGUUCGGCCGCGUCGACCCCGAUGGGGAAGGAGGAUGGGUCGGUCACACCCGACGUGAAGGUAAAAACUCCCGACAGCGACCACCAAGGAGGCGUGACGAUGGAGAGAAAAGUUGGUUUGAUCAGCGGUGUGGCGCUCAUUGUCGGGACGAUGAUCGGAUCGGGCAUUUUUGUGUCGCCGAAGGGAGUGUUGCGGGAGACCGGCAGUGUGGGCCCGUGUCUCAUGAUCUGGCUGGCGUGUGGGGUGCUGGCCAUGCUCGGAGCGCUGGCGUAUGCGGAACUGGGGACCGCCAUCCCGAAGUCAGGGGCGGAGUACCCGUAUCUGUGGGAAGCCUUCGGUCCCAUCCCGGCCUACCUCUACUCCUGGACCUCUGUUAUUGUCACUAGACCUUCCAUGCUGGCGCUCAUCUCGCUGAGCUUCGCUGAUUACGCCACCGAACCGUUCUACGAUGUGCACUGCCCUGCACCGGAUAGCGUCAAGAAACUACUGGCAGUUUUAUUAGUGUUGCUUAUAACAUUUGCCAACUGUUGGAGUGUGAAACUAGCGACAUCCAUACAGAACUUCUUCACCGCCGCCAAACUGCUGGCUGUUGCACUUAUAAUCAUAGUGGGAUUUGUUAUGUUAGGAUUCGGUAACACAGAGCACUUACAAAUAGAGAACAGUUUCCCAUCCGGCCAAAGUCCGUCCAUUUCAGCAAUAGGCAUAGCUUUCUACCAAGGUCUGUGGGCGUACGACGGAUGGAACAACUUGAAUUUCGUCACAGAGGAGAUAAAGAACCCCUACGUGAACCUGCCUCGCUCCAUCAUCGUCGGCAUCCCGCUGGUCACAGGCUGCUACCUGUUGGUCAACAUCGCCUACUUCACCGUCAUGUCGCCGCUCGAGCUGCUGGAGUCACCUGCAGUGGCGGCUACGCUGGGUACUCGGACGCUGGGUGUAAUGGCGUGGAUAAUACCGCUGUCAGUGGCGUUUUCCACCUUCGGAGCCGCCAACGGAACGUGCUUCACUUCGGGAAGGUUGUGCUACGUGGCGGCUCGGGAGGGUCACAUGGUGUCCAUCCUGUCCAUGGUUCACGUCAGGCGGCUCACGCCCUCACCUGCACUCAUCUUCAACGCCGUGCUAUCUGUGCUGAUGAUUCUUCCGUCCAACUUUGACGUCCUGGUGAACUACUUCAGCUUCGCGGCCUGGAUGUUCUACGGCGGGACGUUCCUGGGCCUCAUCGUCCUGCGCUUCACCAAACCAGACAUGCCCAGACCGUACAAGGUCCCUAUCGGCAUCGCUAUUGUGGUGACGGUAGCGUCAGCCUACCUGGUGGUGGCUCCUGUCAUCUUCGAGCCAGCUCUGGAGUACCUGUACGCUCUCAUCUUCAUCUUCGCUGGGCUCAUCCUCUACAUCCCCUUUGUACAUUACAAGAUAUCGCCAAAGUGGAUGGACCCAAUAACCAGGCAAUUGCAGUGCAUCUUGGAUGUGGUUCCAACCGAGCAGGAGCCGCUCGGGUGAAGUACCAACAUAAGGAACGAGGUGGCGCUUUUGAUCACGACGAGGUAACCGAAAGCUCAUCACAUCAUCCAAGAUGGCGGCCAUAGAGUUAUCGACAUGUCGUAGGAUCUCAAGUCGCGCCGGUGACUUCCAAAUGUCAUUCUUGUGUCCAGCUCAGUAUUUGGGUUGACAUGGAAUGACCUCGUAGCUGGCCUAGUACAUUUUACCUAUUAAUGGUAUAGGUGUUGUCGUCAGGUGUGUAUAGUCAGCUAGCUGGAUAUAAUACAAACCUACAUCCUCAACUUUUCUCUCACAACUUGUGCAGUGUCCGUGAACAGUGAAAAUAUUUUACGAUGAUAAUUCCUUUGACUGGAAUAUUUUUGUAACACAGUGACAUCUUUUUGCACUUCACUUUUAUGAUGUUUGUAAUAUUGUAGUUUGUACUGUAAUUCGAACAAAGUGACUAAGAGUUGUAGGCGAUAUUAUAACAAAAGGAAAUCGUAGAUGUAUAUUGUUGUCUUCUUUGAUACCCUUCUUUAUGCAUUAGCUUCUAAAAAUGAUAUAGCUUCUUGAAGUUUUAUAAAUCAUGUGUAUGUACUACACAAUAUUUCGUUCAGACUAGAUGGUUAGAUCGAUGACCAAUGUGAAAUGUGAGUUGCAUAUGUAACCGCAGAGUAAGGUAUUUGGAGGAAUAUAACUCCAAUGUUUUCUUUCAUAACUCACUGUCCAAACUAAAUCCUCAGGCGAUAGCUGUGAGAGAAUGUUCUUCUGAUAAUCGUUCGUGUACAUGUACCUCCUAAUACUGCAUAUUCAAACCAAUGGUCUUUGGGAAUAAGUGAAGGUAUAAGCAUACAAACAAAGUUUGAUAUGAUAAAGAGAUUGUAUACUUCUGUGUUAGUGGUAACUGUUCCGUUUCAUUUCCUUCAGUCAAUGUAACAAUUUAAAAAAAAACUAAUGUAAAUAUAUCUAUGUGAUUGUAAAUGUAAUGUAUGUUUAUGUACGUUGUUUAAACAACAUCUGUGUUCUCUUGUUGUGAUAUUCUCAACCGAAAAGACUAGCGUCACAGAAAGCGGGACCGAAACUUUAACGAGUAAUCUGUAUGCAUAUGAAAUUAAAACGGGUUCGAAUGCGGAAAGGAUUGGUAUCGAAGAACUGAGAGAAAUGACUCCAAAUGUUAUGAGAGUACGUCUCAUGAAAUAUCGACAUUUGCAGAGAAACACGUUUGUAACACUUAUUGUCAUUCCUGUGUACAAUAUGUAUGUAUGAAGUGACAUGUUCUAAUAUAGUGCACGUUGUUGGUUGGUUGGUUGGCUGGUUGGUUGUUUGGUUGCGAUAUGUGCAUGUCUCAAUUCUGAGAUUUAGUUGUGGUGAAGAAAGUAUGUCGGCGGACGAAACUGUCCUUUGUGUUUUAAAAAAACGUACCAAUAAAUCUAAUUUUAC